AUGUCUGUUCUCGACAACUCUGUCUUACCACCUGACACUUCAGGUUCCCAUGGCCAGGCUCCUUCCGAGUCUGACUUUGUCUUGCCGUUCGCGAACACUUCCUCAGCUCAGGUCGCGAGCGUCAACGCAGGACAGGCUGAUGCGCUCCCUCCUUUGCCUGUUCCCGACAACUCUGCCUUACCACCUAGCACUCCAGGUUCCUGUGGCCAGGCUCCUUCUGAGUCUGACUUCGUCUUGCCGUCCGCGAACACUUCCUCAGCUCAGGUCGCAAAUGUCAACGCAGGACAGGCUGGUCACACCUCAAAGGGAAGCCACACCGUCGCCACUGGUACCAUUGUUAACACCAACUCCCGUGCCACAAGCUCAAACUGCCACUACUUCAUCAUCGCAAACGGUGAUACAGCUUACCAGACCUAUCUCUCAACUCUCACAAACCCCUACCUCAAGAAUCAAGGUUUUGCCCACUCGUCACGCGCAUCCUCCACACAGGCAGUCGUGAAUAAUCGACCCAGUGUCAGAACAGAUCUGAACCAACAUUAUUCCUGUUCGCAAACCCCAACGCAAACCCCUCCCAGCGCUUUUACCAGGGACAAUGCAACACUCACGCAGCCCUUUUCCAGGGACAAGUGUAGACCCAAACCAGCAUGUUUCCUACUUGCAAACACCAACGCAGCCCCCUCCCAGCGCUUUGCCAGGGACAAUGCAACACUCACGCAGCCCUUUUCCAGGGACAAGUGUAGACCCGAACCAGCAUAUUUCCUACUCGCAAACACCAAUGCAGCCCCCUCCCAGCGUUUUGCCAGGGACAAGUACAAACCAAAACCAACAUUAUUCCUACUCGCAAACCCCAACACAAACCCCUCCCAGCGCUUUACCAGGGACAAUGCAACACACAUGCAGCGCCCCCCCAGGGACAAGUAUAGACCCGAACCAGCAUGUUUCUUACUCACAAACACCAAUGCAGCUUCCUCCCAGUGCUUUUCUAGGGACAAGCACAAACCAAAAACCAACAUUAUCCCUACUCGCAAACCCCAACGCAACCCCCUCCCAGCGCUUUACCAGGGACAAACAUGUACCAAAACCAAUCUUUUCCCUACUCAAUGGGCCCCUUGCGGCACUUUUUCAAGCACAACCAUAAGACAAGGUCAAGCUGAUCUCUACUCGAGCACCAAUCACAGUGCUACGCAAUCACAAACACCACCUCAUGGUUCUCUUCCUGGCAUGAGCUAUGCUCAAAGCCAUCUACUAGCUACUUCUAUGUCAUCCGUAGAACAUGCUCAACAUGCUCGAACACAAAGCGGACGUGGGGAUGAACCCGCCCAUCAGAGUAGUUUCGCCACCAUAAGGGCAAUUGAACAGCAAGCUGAUACGAACAUGGAGGUGGAUGUACCGUUUUCGGGAAAGCAAAACCAACCAAACUCGGGCUACAUGGCCAUGGUUCUUGAUGGACUCAACCACGUCUCCAAUCAGUUCGAGAAGACCAUGAACGUCAUGGACACAGUAGCCAAGGGUAUGGCACGACUAGAAGAAGAUAUGAAGUCUCGCCCAGUGUCCCCAACAAAGGUGGUAAUCAAAAAACCUCUCAGUCGAACUAGGCGUAAUCGACGCAAGGUUGUCGAAUCCGAUGAGGAAGAAAAUGAUGAUGGAGGUGAGAUGGCGGAGACCCGUCCCCGAGAUAAACACUUGGAGGAUGAUGAUUACACAGAAAACCCUGCAUGGCCCAUUCUAGGGAGAUGUGUCUGCGACAACUUUAAACGGCUUCUCAAAAUCAAGUCACUCAAAUGCGAACAGCUUGCAAAGUUACCCCCUCCUCUGACAGAUAUUGAGAUAGCCAAAUUCGAAAACAGGGAUGAAGGUGCUAUAGAAAACACGCCUCGAUCAUUUCGCAUUGACUUCAGUCGUAGCUGGAGGACAUUUGCCUUCAAUCAAGCAGUGGAACAAUGCUUUGUCAAGCACUUUAUGCAAUGUGUCCAGAAUGGAAUUUUUAUACGAUCUGGUCUUCCUCAAGAAUUCGUGACUAAAGAAAGAGUUAUACAUUCCCUUGGAAGACACGUAGAUUAUGUUCGACGAGAGUACCGGCAAAUCAAUGCUUCGAAAUCCAAGCAGAAGCGCAUUGAAAUGCUUCAGCAUAAGGCUCAGAAUGCGCACAAAUCUACGCUUCUAGAUAGUCGAUUUAAAGCUUGCGGGUCGAGAGCAUCACUUCAGCGCCACGAAAACAACCUUUUGGUGUUACUUGAUGCGACGGCAAUGAGUGGAGACGAGACGGACAAUGAGGUGCAAGGGGCGCCCAAAACAUACCUCAUCAGUAGGCCGCACUGGCAAAGUCCAGAAAUGAAGGACUUUAUGCGGAAGCUCGACCAUAUUUACAGGGAGAACUGGAGGAACCCUCAUGGCCGUCGUGCUACAGCAGGAAAUGCCCCUCGCAUUCGGAUAGCAUCUAAUCGUUGCAAGCCAGGGCACGCUCCACGCGGCUUAUGGUGA